AUGAAAUGGUAUAUACAAGGGUUGGUGUUUGGAUACCUCAGUGCCCCCCAAAGAACUGGGAGGCAAGGUCGUGGUCUGGAGAUGGUAGACGGCCAUCAGGACACUCCACUCGACUGGGUCUUUUGGAGCAUUCUGGAGCAUAUGGGACAUAAGGAGCAUGGAGGGACUUGGCACAUGGAAGCAGCUCAACUGGAUACGCAAAGGAAGAAGGGAGAAGCCAUCUUGAAGACCAGCUCGACCGUCACUCGACCAACCGGUCGAGUUCCUCAACUCGACCGGCCAAGCUUCAACUCGAUCGAGCUGGGGAGUCAAAGUCAAACCCGAAAAAUGUUGCUUCCCCCUUGA